AUGUUGGAUGAAGAGUGUAUUGUACCAAAGGCUACCGAUUUGACCUUGGCUCAAAAGCUUGUUGAACAGCAUUUGGGCAAACAUCCGAACUUCGAAAAGCCCAAACCACCAAAGGGCAAGCAGUCCGAAGCUCAUUUCGCUAUGAGACAUUACGCCGGAACUGUGCGAUACAAUGUGACAAACUGGCUGGAGAAGAACAAGGACCCUCUGAACGAUACCGUGGUACAGGUGAUGAAGAACUCGAAGAAGAACGCGCUGCUGGUCGAGGUAUGGCAGGAUUACACUACCCAGGAAGAGGCCGCUGCUGACACUAAAGCACAUCCAGGAGGGAAAAAGAAGGGCAAGUCCGGAUCGUUCAUGACGGUUUCGAUGUUAUAUCGUGAAUCGCUGAACAAUCUGAUGACUAUGCUGAACAAGACACAUCCACAUUUCAUUCUACUGAACCAGUUGACUUGCAAUGGUGUACUUGAGGGUAUCCGUAUUUGCCGUAAAGGUUUCCCUAAUCGUACCCUUCAUCCUGAUUUCGUACAACGUUACGCCAUUCUGGCCGCUGAUGAAGCUCUCAUUGGCAAACAAGACGCCAAGAAAGGAGCCACAGAAAUGUUAGCUCGUCUAGUGAACGAGGGUAAACUUCAAGAUGACAAUUUCCGUGUCGGUCUCACCAAAGUGUUCUUCAAGGCUGGUAUCGUAGCCCAUCUUGAAGAUCAACGUGAUGUUCGUUUGGCUGAACUUGUGACUGGAUUCCAAGCUCAAAUUAGAUGGUACUACCGUUUGAUCGACAAAAAGCGACGUAUCGAAAGAAAUGAAGCUAUGAAACUUCUACAGAAAAAUGUUCGCCAAUGGGCUAUGCUACGUACAUGGUCAUGGUUCAAGCUUUAUGGCAAAGUCAAGCCACUUAUCCAAUCGGGUAAAAUCGAGGAACAGUAUGAGAAGCUGCAAGAGACCGUAGCCCAGAUGAAGGAAGCAUUGGCCCAGCAGGAGGAGUUGUCCAACCAAAUCGCUGAAAAUGCGGAAAAAGUCCAAAAGGAAAUCUCUGAGCUAUUGUCACAGCUUGAAGCUACUCGUGGAAGCAAUACGGAAAUCGAAGAACGCAUGAUGAUGAUGAAUGAGCAGAAAUCUUCACUUGAGGCAAAAUUAGCUGAAGCUAAGACUCGUCUCGAAGCUGAAGAAGCAACGGCUGCCGAGCUUUUGAAGGAGAAGAAACGUAUCGAAGCUGAAGCCGCUGAACUCAAGAAAAGCUGCCAGGUAAGGUUUUGCACUGUUGGGGAAGAUACAAGCAAGUUUUAGUA